AUGAGCGUUUCCGCCAACCGCGCUGCGACGAGGCGGAGCCAGCAGACAAUUUCGGGAGGAGAAAAAGAUAUCGAGCCGUCGCUGAGACCGAUUCAAGAACUCUUCCCUUCUGCCGUGCAUUUCAUUCAAAGGCGGGGUCAUCAAGCUGAAAGCCAUGCAGAUAUUGGCCCGUUGCUUGGAAGUCGCUCACUACUGCCGCCCGCCCGUGCCUUCGGGCAAUCGGAUUGGAAGCAGCAGGCGCUUAUGCAGCGUGAUGUAUCGCAACGCAUCGCAUCACAUCUCACUAGCAUGUUAUUCCUCGCUGUUGCAGAUCACUCGGUCCUAUAG